AUGCUCCACUCGUGGAGAAAUCUGGACCAUGUUCCCCGAUCUGCUUAUCAAUCCUGGAUCAUGGCCCAGAACAUCAUGGGAGUAAAAGACAAGAAGAAAUGGGGUAAACCGAAUUGGCUCUGCCACAUCACCGAAGAGAUAAGUAGAGAAGCAAAGAGGUGGGGAACCAAGGAGGUCCUUGUUAGACAUCCCGCCGACAAUGUAAGAUCGACCUUCAUCUUUAAGAACAGCAGCCAUCGGGAUGGUGCUAUAUACAAGAGAAGCUUUGCUCUUCGAAAAUUAUGUCGUGUUACUGACCGUGAUGAGAUGCGGGAUUAUGUGGACUCAUUGCUUAAUUAUAUUGUCAAACGUAGCAGGGAUGACCCCAUUAUUGCGCAACAGGGUUCUCUCAUUGAGAUGACUGGCCCUAAGCGAGGCAUCGCAAUGAAUUCCCCUGUUCUAGUUGAAUUUGACAUGAGGAUCAAGACAGGAGAUAAAGAAGAAGAUGAUCUAACAUUGAUCGACGGCGCAACAGAUUAUUGUAACCUAACCAUACCUUCUGUGUCAUUCACAAAUCGCAUUAAUGGCGAUUGUGGUGCGGUUGACAUCACUUUAGCACGCAUUUACAAUGCAGUGGAAGCCACAAUAGAUGUCCUCAUAUUGAAAGUGCAGAAUGGAUUCAAUUUAUCGCUCAGUUCGUUUGUGCUUGUCGGCGGAUCAGAUCAGGAAAUUCCGCUCUUUCGUGGCACUACUGCUGAGUCAUGUGGCUUAAGAAGAUACGUGAUUGCUGUAAAGAUGGAUACUUGGAUGCAGUUGAAGUUCAAGGUAAGUCAGAACGGCUCUAAAAAUGAUCAUCUUGAACGCAGUUGCUACUUCAAAGCAAACAUUCAUGGAUGUGCCUGUCAACAAAUAGUGCUUCAGCAUGCCGCCCUCUCUGUGAAGGUGACUUGGUCGACCGUGCCAGCAUAA